UAUUUGUAUUCGUUCCGUAUUCGUAGCAUGGACUAUGAUCUAUUCCAGUCGGAUGACGAUGAAGACAUACUUACGGCCUUCAAUGAGGCAACACAGAGAUUUCAGCAGGAGACCCCCAGCCACCGAAUGGAAUUGGGCGAUCAAGAUGGCGAAGACGAUGAUGAUGAUGAUGGCCUGGACAUCUUGCCCGAGUUCAACUGCUCCGGUCGCGAUACUUUUAAGGCUCACAGCUUCCCAAAGGGGGGAUUUGUACGCAAUGGCUUCUCCCAGCGCCCUCCCCCAUACAGCAAAUGGGAUCAAAUUUGCUCGGACUUCAACGAGGACCAGCUGCAGGUUUAUGCAGUGACACAUUACCUCUACAAUGAGGCUUGUAAGAAUAUCCAGAAGCUUUUCGCCGCCGUGGCCGGUCAACAGCAGCUGCAAGCACCCACAACAAUGACCAACUCAAUUUGGUACAGAGCACGACAGCAGGUGACCCAAUUUUAUCAUUUGCUAUUGCGCAUACACGAUGAAAACAUCUGCAUGGAAGCACCCCGAUUUUUGGAGGAUCUGCGCAGCCUGCUCAACAAUCUACUGGAUGCGGAGGCCUGGAAAGUUCUGUACUUUGCGGAGCACAGCAAGGGGAACGAGUGCCCUGCGCCGGCCUAUCAUCUGUAUCACGGUGUUCUAGAGUGGCGUUUUCUCGACCUAAUCCUGCUCAACGACUGCCAAGGGGCGACGGAGGCAGCGUUGUUGGCCCAACUGGAGCAUACGCUGGGUGAUUUGGUGCUGUGUGCCAGCCUUUACUAUCGCAGCAAGCAUCGACCCGAGCUCAUUCACACAUCGGCGUUCAUGUGUCGCUGCACCAAGGAACUCUGGCUGCUGCUCAGUGUGCUGGCGCCCAAGUGGUUGGCGCAGAGCCAGCUGGGCAUCUGGGACUUGUUCCACAAGGCCAUGCAGGGCCACAAGGCGGUGUAUUUUCCAGCCGAAAGCAGCGCUGUUUCAUUGGCCUUCCACGAGUUCUACGCAUGGCUGAGGCUCAGCCUGGCCCGCCUCAGCGAUUACGCGGACAAUGGCGAUUAUAAACAGAAUCUAGCGGGCCUAUGUGCUCCACCUGAAAACUUUCAGACUGCCAGCCUGCUCAAGCAAUUCCUCUCCAGCCAGCCCGAUGAACAGCAGCGACGUGUCUAUCUGUGUCUUCUGGCGCCCCUCGAGCUGCAGCGGGGUCGCCCCGACCCAGAUGUGCUCUGCCAGCUCUGGGAAUAUCUGCAUCGCUCACUCAACUGCAACUUCAACGCGAGCACAGAGCUGGAACAGCUGCCCCUCACCUGCCCCAGUGGCUCGGCCUAUGUGGAGCGCUACAGCAGGCUCCUGUCCAGGGACCAGCUGGAGGAUCUCAAUCUCAGCAGCUUCACCAUGUACGCCUGGAUGCUGGGCCGGACCUUAAAGCUGCUCCUAGCCCAGCAGGGAAAGGGCAACCAGCGACAGAAGCUGCUCGGGCGGAUCUUCAGCAAGUUCAGUGCGGCCAAAUUGCUGGCUCUGAAUGAGCCGGGCAUACACCAUGUGAUAGAGCUGUUUCUCUGCCUGCUGCUCUCCCACGAGGACCUCUCCGAGCUGGCGCCCAAGCUGAGGGAGAUGCUGCUGUGCCUUGCCCUAGAGAAAUUGCCACCGGUCCGUCGAAUUUCGGUGGCCAAGGGACACAUGGCCAUGCUGCUUCUGCAUGCACGGCACCGUCUCUCCCUGGAUGACUAUGUGGCGAAGCUCCUGGGCCAACUGGCAGCCAUUCGCAACGACGUGGAAGUAGCCGCCAUUUACGCGGGCACCCUUCAGGCCAUUUUCGACCUUGCCGAUGACUUUGCCCGCGGCGAGCAGCUUCUCCUGAGCCCCUGGCUGACACAUUAUGUGGAGAAGAGUGGCCAGGCCUCGCAGGAUCGCGUCUGGCAGGCUCUGCACUCGCUGAUCCAGCGGCUAGGCGAACCGAGGGUUGUCUCCGGCAAUGCCAAUGGGAUGAAGGAGGCGCUCCAGCAACACAUUCUGCCCCUGCUGCGGGUGCAGUACGUCAGUGGGCACAGCGCCUGGCUGCCGCGGCUGGCGGCGGAGUUCGUGAGCUUGGACAAGGAUCGGGAGAAGCUUAUGGUGAGUUUUUUGCAGGGCCCCGAGCCGGCCAACAUGGCUGCCUCGGCCCAACUGAUCGUUCACCUGCUGGAAGAGGCAAGCAGCCCGGUGCCCCCAUCGAGUGCAACAAUCCUGCAGGUUUGGAUCAAAUCUCUGGUCCUGCUCACCGCCCAGCACGAGUCUGUUGCGGCGCUUACCGCCCAUGUGGUGCAGCUGGAGGAGUUCCAGCUGCUGGCCAUAGAUCCCACUUCUUUGGCGGGUCGCGAACCGCUCUGCGCUUUUUUCGGUGCCCUCGGACGACGGGCCCAGCUAAAGGAGGCGGCCGCCCAGGCUCGCAUCCGGAUGCAGCUGAGCCACAGGCUGCACGCCUACGUGAACCACUUCGAGAUGUGGCUACCGCCGGACCGACUGCGCUCUGAGCUCGGCUCUCGGUUCUACAGCUUCCUGGCCAUCGUCAUAUACAACUGCCCGAGCCUCGCGUAUGUGCGUUCGAAGCCAAGCUGCUUCUUCCACCUGGCCAUGGUGCGCUUCCUGCUGACCACACAGCUGCAGGCCGGUGUCCCGCCCGAAGGUCGCCUGCCCCAAAUGGUGCACAAGAUCUUUCCUGUGCUGCUGCAGGGGAUCGGGAGGCUGCCCUACCGCACGGACGCGUAUCUGGGCAAGACGCUGGAACAGCUCAUUCUCCACUGGACGCCGCACUUCAACUUCUCCCCCAAUGCCAAGCUGGUGGCGCGUCCAUACGUGACGCUCCUCCAGGCCGACGCUGGGGAUGAUGGCGAGCUGGCGCAGUUCGUGCUCCAGCAGCUGGUGGGACAUUUUCUGGUUGUUCUGCGCCGCAAGGCGGGCAACCAUUCGGGUCUCGUGAUCACUUUGCUGCAGCAGCUGGUCGAGGCCAUCGCUGCCGACCAGGAAAAUCAGCUGCUAACCCUUCUCCGAGCCGUUCACAUACCCCUCCUGGAGCACGUCAUGUUUGUGGAUGAGCUGGAGCACAGUCGCGGCCAGGUGCUGUCUCUGUAUCGCAUCAUCGUCUCUCACGAGGGCUUCAGGCGCUCUCAGCCAGCCCGAGCGAUGUGCCUGAGCCACCUGCGCUCCCUGGCCGAGAAACACUUGGCCCACUGCACAUAUUUCUACUUUCAAAUGCUCAUCAAGCUGGCGGAACUGGCCCCGGAGCUAGUGGCACCGCUGCUGGACUUCGUGUGGGAGCAGGCCAAGCUGGUGGAGCUGAAGCGCGGUGCUGGCGAGGAUGUGGGCAUACGCAAGUGCCUGCAACGACUGGAGAAAGUCUUGGGGUAGCCGAUAACGAUACGAUAACCCUUUGCAAAUAAACACACCAAGAAAGGUA